AUGGUGAAAUUGUUGACGAGGAGGAGGAAGAUGAUGGAGGAUGAUGAUAUUGUUGACGAGGGGGAGGAUGAUGAUGGUGAUAUUGUUGACGAGGAGGAGGAUGGUGAUAUUGUUGACGAGGAGGAGGAUGAUGGUGAUAUUGUUGACGAGGAGGAUGAUGGUGAUAUUGUUGACGAGGAGGAUGAUGGUGAUAUUGUUGACGAGGAGGAGGAUGAUGGUGAUAUUGUUGACGAGGAGGAUGAUGGUGAUAUUGUUGACGAGGAGGAUGAUGGUGAUAUUGUUGACGAGGAGGAUGAUGGUGAUAUUGUUGACGAGGAGGAGGAUGAUGGUGAUAUUGUUGACGAGGAGGAGGAUGAUGGUGAUAUUGUUGACGAGGAGGAUGAUGGUGAUUUGGUUGAUGAGGAGGAGGAUGAUGGUGAUAUUGUUGACGAGGAGGAGGAUGAUGGUAAAGAACAGACUCCUCAAGUAACCAUGACUACAGGAACCAGGAGCGUGGCUAAACCAGCCAUCACUGCCAUGACCCCCACCCCAGACCCCAUCCUGGAGACCGUUGACCGUCACUGGAGGCUCCAGACCGUUGACCAUCACUGGAGGUUCCGGACCGUUGACCGUCACUGGAGGUUCCAGACCGUUGACCGUCACUGGAGGUUCCGAACCGUUGACCGUCACUGGAGGUUCCAGACCGUUGACCGUCACUGGAGGUUCCAGACCGUUGACCGUCACUGGAGGUUCCAGACCGUUGACCGUCACUGGAGGUUCCGAACCGUUGACCGUCACUGGAGGUUCCAGACCGUUGACCGUCACUGGAGGUUCCAGACCGUUGACCGUCACUGGAGGUUCCAGACCGUUGACCGUCACUGGAGGUUCCGGACCGUUGACCGUCACUGGAGGUUCCGAACCGUUGACCGUCACUGGAGGUUCCAGACCGUUGACCGUCACUGGAGGUUCCGGACCGUUGACCGUCACUGGAGGUUCCAGACCGUUGACCGUCACUGGAGGUUCCAGACCGUUGACCGUCACUGGAGGUUCCGGACCGUUGACCGUCACUGGAGGUUCCGAACCGUUGACCGUCACUGGAGGUUCCAGACCGUUGACCGUCACUGGAGGUUCCGGACCGUUGACCGUCACUGGAGGUUCCGAACCGUUGACCGUCACUGGAGGUUCCAGACCAUUGACCGUCACUGGAGGUUCCGGACCGUUGACCGUCACUGGAGGUUCCAGACCGUUGACCGUCACUGGAGGUUCCGAACCAUUGACCGUCACUGGAGGUUCCAGACCGUUGACCAUCACUGGAGGUUCCAGACCGUUGACCGUCACUGGAGGUUCCGAACUAUUGACCGUCACUGGAGGUUCCAGACCGUUGACCGUCACUGGAGGUUCCAGAUCUGGUGGCACUGGACUGAUGACACGCUCAAAACUAGAACACCCCCCUAGUCACGCUAGUAGAAAACAAGAGAGAGAGACAAGCAGUAGCAUACUGUAGCUACUAUAGCCCUCUAUGUAGAAAACAAGAGAGAGAGACAAGCAGUAGCAUACUAUAGCCCUCUAUGUAGAAAACAAGAGAGAGAGACAAGCAGUAGCAUACUGUAGCUACUAUAGCCCUCUAUGUAGAAAACAAGAGAGAGAGACAAGCAGUAGCAUACUGUAGCUACUAUAGCCCUCUAUGUAGAAAACAAGAGAGAUAGACAAGCAGUAGCAUACUAUAGCCCUCUAUGUAGUAUCACACCUGCUCCCGCUUCCCCUCUCUGUUGCUCGAGGGCGCCAGGCUGCCCAUCAUUACGUACACCUGUCACCAUCAUUACACGCAUCAGCUCUCAUUGGACUCACCUGGACUCCUUCAGUUUGUUGAUUUCC